AUGUACAUAAAGCUUGAAACAACAAGGCUUGAUUACUUUAGAAAUAAACAAUCAGAAAUCAGAGCAGAGUUAUUCCAAGGCAUUGUCGACAGUGUAGCUGCUGGAGAAGCAAAUGCAAGCCAAGUGGGCAAAAGAAUAGUUCUUCCAUCAUCAUUCAUAGGUGGUCCUAGAGACAUGCGUCGCAGAUACCUUGAUGCAAUGUCAUUAGUACAACGAUUUGGAAAGCCAGAUCUUUUUAUAACAAUGACAUGUAAUCCAGAAUGGGAAGAGAUCAUUGAGCAACUACAUCCAGGCCAAAGCCAUAAUGACAGGCCAGACCUAACCUCAAGGAUAUUUCGAGCAAAGCUCCAAGACUUGAAAGAUCAAUUAUUUAAGAAGGAGAUCUUCGGGAAAGUUGUAGCACAUGUUCAUGUGAUUGAGUUUCAAAAAAGAGGGCUACCACAUGCACAUAUAUUAAUAAUUCUUAUUGGAGAUCACAAGAUCACAUUAUCAGAUCAGUAUGAUAAAUAUGUAUCUGCAGAAAUUCCAGACCAAUCCAAACACCCGAUCCUCUAUGAAUUGGUAAAAAAACAUAUGAUGCACGGACCUUGUGGAGAGUUGAACAUGAAGAACAGUUGCAUGCAAAAUGGAGAAUGCAAAUAUCACUAUCCUCGCGAUUUUAGCUCACAAUCAAUUCAAGCAAAAGAUGCUUACCCAAUUUAUAAGAGAAGGAAUGAUAAUAAAACAAUGUUGCUCCGCAAUAAAAUCCUUAAUAAUCAGUGGGUUGUACCUUACAAUCCAUAUUUGCUGACAUGUUAUAAUUGUCACAUUAAUGUUGAAAUAUGCUUAGGCAUUAAAGCAGUGAAGUAUCUUUACAAAUACAUAUAUAAAGGUCAUGAUAAAGUGGCAGUAAACAUUGAAUAUAAUGAAGGAGGAAGACUUGUGAAUGAAACCAAAAAUUUUCAAGAUGCAAGAUGGGUAUCAGCUCAAGAAGCUUUGUGGAGAAUAUAUGAAUUCUAUCUUAAUGAGAUCUACCCAGCUGUCAUCAACUUACAACUACACUUGCCAAAUCAACAGUUUGUUUCCUAUUGGAAAAAUCAAGACCUAUCGAAGCUUAUCCGCUGGGACCAUGUCCACAAGACGAUGCUUACAGAAUUUUUUACACUAUGUUCAAAAAUUAAAGAAGCCGACAAAUCAAAACAAAAAAAGAAUCAAGAAAAGGAGUUAUUAUAUUGUGAACUUCCCGAUUAUUAUGUUUGGGAUUCGACAACAAAAUGUUAG